AUGGAUGACUAUGACUAUGACUAUGACGAUGACGAUGACGAUGAUGAUGAUGAUGAUGAUGAUGAUGAUGAUGAUGGUGAUGAUGAUGAUGAUGAUGAUGAUGAUGAUGAUGAUGAUGAUGAUGAUGAUGAUGAUGAUAUUCUUAUACAUCCUCUCCUUCCCCUUCCUCAAACCCUCUCAAACUCAACCUCUCAAACGCAACCUCUCAAACUCACCUCUCAAACUCAACCUCUUCAACUCAACCUCUCAAACUCAACUCUCAACUCAACCUCUCAAACUCAACCUCUCAAACUCAACCUCUCAAACUCAACCUCUCAAACUCAACCUCUCAAACUCAACCUCCCAAACCCAACCCUCAACCUCCAAUCCCCCCAAAACAGAAUCAAAAUCAAAAUCAAAAACUCUCAAAAACUCUCAAAAACAAAAACAAAACUCAAUACUCAAUACUCAAAACUCAAAAAAACCACACCAUAUCUUCCCAACCCCGGGUAUAUAUGCAAAGCCAAAGCCAAACCAAACCAAACCAAACCAUGCAACAUGCAACAUGCAAUCCCAAUCCACUCCAAUGAAGAACCCCCCGAAAAGCAAGAAUGA